AUGUGUCAAUCUUUCCACGAGACACUUCUUGAGCGUAACAAGCAAGUUGACGGUAUCUCAAUUCCUGCGCCUACAAUCGGCGAGCAGGUGGCUCUCGGCCGUGUCUUUGAGACCACGCUUGUCAAUCAAGUUCUUAUAUCGCGCAAUCCUGCCGGCCGUGUUGCUCCCGCUUUGCAACAAGUAAUGCUAUUUGACGUUUUUCUUGGUCUCAAGAGUGUAAUUGUGAUUCAUCAUACAGACUGUGGUGCGAGUCAGUUCAAAGAAGCAGAAGUUCGAAAAGCUCAUAAAAGCCGUUUGCCAGAUCAUUCGGAGAUUGACAAUAUGGUGUUUGGGGCUUUUGACGAUGUUGAGCAAAGCGUCAGAGAUGAUCUUCAUAUACUAAAGACAUCUCCUUAUGUGCCUAAGAGGAUUGCUGAUCAAUGUUUCGGUUAUGUAUACGAUAUCAAGACUGGCCUUUUGACUCCCGUCGAUUAUGUCGAUGGCCAGUGA